GUUGCUGCUGCAUGGUCUACUAAGGAUGCCUUGAAGGGUUUCUUCUAUGGAUUGUCAAGAGAGGUUUUUAGAUAAUAAACAUUGUCUUUAAACAGGUCAACCUGAAAAAUGAUUUAGUAUUUUAAACCAAAUCGCAAUUUACCUAUUUUCAUGCACAAUCUCUGACGCUGCGCUGGAGCCAGCUUACAAACCACAUCGUAAUUGGAAAAAUACCAGAGGGUACAUACAACAACAAAGUUUACUGUGCCAUUUUCAAGCCUGGCAGAAUUUUAUCUUUGAAUGAGAUAAGGAUUAAAUGAUAUAAGGAUCAUCGAUAUGACGACAAAUUUUCGUUUACGGAGAGUUGGAUGUCCACCAUCAGUAUCCAGUAUCAAGGAUAUUCUUGAGAUAACAUCAGAUAUCACUAUAAUUGGUAGAAACAAACAUGCUGCAGAUCUCUUUCUUGACUCCAAGACAACAACUGGCCUAAUAUCAAGAAUGCAUGCAAGGAUCAUAAGGAACCAAAAGGAUGGGAAGGAGCAAUAUGAGCUAUGUGAUACAAGCCUUAAUGGAACAUAUGUCAACGAUAUUAAGGUAUCUGGGACUGUUGUAUUAAACAAUGGUGACACUAUUGCAUUUGGUCACAUAAAAGGAGCAAUUCUAGAACCAGGUUCAUUUGCACCACAAAAAGAUUCAGAGUUUCUAUAUAAGUUUGAAAAAACACAUUAUACUACACCACCAAAAACCAAAAAAGCACCAACUGGUUGUGCUCUUCCUUUAUAUGCUGAUGUUCACAACACUGAGGUUCCAAAUUCAAGUUCAUUAAUCAAAAGCACAAAAAAUUCAGGCAAAAGGUCUUUAAGCAAUUGUUUCAAAUUAAAAGAAUUUGGGUCAAUUAUCAAAACACCAUCUGAUGCAGAGUUGAAAUCACUGGUUACUGCAGUUGUAUCAAAAGCUGAUGAAGAAAGUGAUGAGGAGUUUUCUCUGUUAACAACUCCACUUAGGCCUAGCACAUGCACUGAGAGUUCCACAUUGGGGACAAUUGGUGCAUUAUCAGAAAGACAUGUUACAACAACCCCAAAAUUAAAUGAAAAUGGUCAAGAGAAAGUUACAGGUGCUAAGAAGAGAAAACAAAACCUCCUUAAAGAGAAUAGAAAAAGGUAUUAUUGCAUGGAAGAAAUGCAGUACAGUCAUGACAUGUGUGCCUCUACUGACUGCUGCCAUCCAACCAAUCAAAAAAAUACAUGGGUGCAAUGUGAUGACUGUGAUAAGUGGUUUCAUUUGAAAUGUACUGGAUUAACCAACAAAGAUGUAUCAAAUGACAGCACUCUAUUUCACUGUGGUUGUUCAUGACAAGACCAUUUGCAUAUUAAUAUUUGUUUUACAAAAAAUUCUCAAAUAGUGUAUAAAUGCUUUAUUAUUCUAUAAUCCAGUUUUAAAACCA